AUGGGAAGAAAUCAAUUCAAGCCAACAAGCAUCGAACAUGCGCAUCAAUACCUCACCGACCACUCGUCAAAGAAUUUCACGAUUGCCAUUUUGAAAUGGGGCGACUUCGUCAACACUGCUGCAGAUUUGAACGAGUUUCGUACUCAAUGCAUCGCGCCUUCCGUUCAAGACCGAGCUGGUGCUGCCGCCGAGAGUGAGCAACAAGCUAUGGUGGAGUCACUCAAAGCACAAUGGGGUGACACCUAUGAAGCUUAUGACGCUACCUGGAGAAUGUGGGCUGUGAAAAUCCUGAAGCGCCCAAAUUUUCAGCACGAUGCGCUUAUUCGCCGACCUCCUCCAGUCAAUAUGAUUCAACUAUUCCAUCCAGUAAGCAAUGCAGCUGAGGUGCGGAUCGAACGAAUCCAGAUAAGUGUCAAGCUCGCUCGUGAUGUUACUGUGUCGUGCUUGAAAGACCUCGUGAAAAUCAAGAAUUCCGCAACAGUGCUUGCCUUGCAUGUUGAAUCCUGCAUCCAGAUGCUCGAAGACAAGAAGGAAAUGAUCGAAAGCUUUCACAGAGAGGUUGAUGCCACAACGGACAACGAAGACCUACAGCAUGUGCUUGAUGUGGUGCCCAAUGUCGAAGACUUGGACCACGCGUAG